UACUAUACGCUGGAGGGGACCCCAUACCUGGAUAUAGGAGAGACAUACAGGGACACUGCACAGUUGCAGAAAUGAUGGAGCUCAGCCUCACAAACGUGCCCCUUUAUGGUCAAAUAACGGUAUAUGCAAAGUUUGCUGAAGACCUCCACCUGCCAGAAGAUGCAGAAUUCUAUUUGGUUUACAAUGGAUCCAGUCACAGACAUGUUAUGUUCGCAGAGCGUCUCAGUGCAAAUUCUUUGUGCUCCAUCCUUCCAGGACAUAACUGCCCAGAGUCCUUAACUGUGGCUGUAUGUAUGCACACUGAAGGCUAUUCUCCAGUUAUUGUGGCUUGCACAACUGUAGACUAUGUGAUGGAUAAAGCUUGCAGUAUUUCCCACUUUCUGAAAAGCAGCAGGGACACCUUAACUCCCUGCAGUCACGAGGCAAUUCUAGAUCAGUUUGAUGUAAAUCUCAAGGACUUGCAGUUACUAGACCGUAAUAUGAUGCUGUGCUUAGCACAUGAGGAUGUGACAACUUCUUGGAAUCUUCUUGGAUCCCUUUCUGAAAAAG